GUGGGGAGGGUCCACAGUAGACAAAGCGAUGGAACCUUAUCUGGAAUUAGCCAAUGAAGUUCCACAAUCAAAUCGCCCACUGAUUCAAACAAUAUCCACUCCUUGCUCCUGUCCGGUCUAACGUUACCGACUAUUUUGCAAUUUCGUGUCACGAGAUAACCCCUCCAAAACUCGAAAACUUUUGUUUUAAAUCAACAAACAUAUUGCCUGUCCCUGGUUGUUUUUGUUUUUUUCAUUCCAGAAUAGGAAGCAAUGGCUCAUUUGCUGACACCAACCCCUGCCACUGCUGCAACAGCUCUCUCCUCGAGAGCCCGGAAGAGCCCCCUCUCUUGGGAAAAUGGUUACUUUCCAACUCCAAGAGUGUGCUGCGUUGGUUACCAAUCUCAUUCUCAGCCCUCUUCCAUCUCUCCUCCCCGUGACGACCACUCUCUGCGUCGCAGGAUACUGAUGGGGUUGAGUGGAGCGGUAGUGUUGGGGUGGAGUUUGAGUGAUGAGAAAAGUGCAAGUAGAGCUGCAAGGCCUCCACCGCCUCCACCGAGGGAGAAAAAGGAUCCGAAUGUGAGUGGUGUUCAGGCUAAAGUAUUGGCUAGCAAGAGGAGAAAAGAAGCCAUGAAAGAAGAAGUGGCCAGGCUAAGAGAGAGAGGGAAGCCUGUUAACAAGGAGCCACCAUCUCCACCUCCUCCUCCUGCCCCUGAAUAGGUUUCUACAUGUUUAACCUUUCUACAUUCUCACUUAUCAACGGUUGAUCUUAUUGUUGUAUUGCUAUUAUCGUUCAAUUGAAUAAGACCUUUUCGCUCAACACUUUUUAUGGUGUCAAAGGGCAUUCAUUUACAAAGCUAGAUGGUUUCAUUUCA